AUGAGUAAGUCACUUAUCUCCCCGGCUGUCUGCUACACGUAUUAAUUGCAUCAAUAGCCUCAAACCAGAGAACGGUAAGCCCAGAUGAAUCUUGUUGAAAUAUAAGCUAGUAGUAAUGUAUGGGAUAAACAGUCUUUUUUUCCAAACCGGGAUAAAGAUCACACUCGUGUUCCUCUGGUAAAGGUAUCUAUAGCAAUUCCUAUCCUCUCUAAAUUAUGAUUUCGAAAGGAAUGAGUUUAAUUACUCGCAGAUCGCAGAUUUUGGCUUGGCCAGACUAGAGCCGAGAAGAAGAAGAAAAAGGUCAUUGAAAAGAAUUGGACGCCAACCACGCGGCGGAACAGUAUACUACAGGCCACCAGAAGCGAACAAUGAAUGGUUUAAGCUACGGCGACCCCGCAAAGGACCAUAUACGAAUGUUUAUCAAAUUGGAGCUAUCAUGCACAACUUGGUGGCUCGACGUGAUUCUGACCAGUUCUUUAUUCCCAUUAAUACAUGGCGAAAUACCCUUUGCGGUCUGUUCAAAAGUGGGGAAACACAAGGGGUGCGGAUGGGCAACGACGACGUGGAGGGAUACUAUAGCAAGGCGUUGCGGGAGUUGAUCAUGGAUUGUAUGAACAAGGAACCGUUGAACCGGCCCUUGACGGAGGAGUUGCAGGGAGAACCCUUCAGGGCCGGGAGGUGGCGGUAGAGAGCGCUCAGAUGAAGAGGCCAUCAUUUGACCAGAAUGACAUGAAUUGGGACGAGGUCCCCUUCAUCACUAACCAGUUCCCAGAGCCUCCAACGAUCCAGGGCAGGCAAUUCGCCCCAAGACCUCCUCCGGUGCCUACGGAACCUUCGCCUCGUGAUCCAGGCCAAGAAAGGGUGGUGACCGGCUAUGGGUCUGAUGAGGAUGCAGAAACUGUGAGCGAUGAGCCUGAUGAAGCGUUGAGCUUGAGGCUCGUUCGAGAAGGAGGUGUUAUUCUUGAUAGAACACCCAUCAUCGUUGACUCGGAUGAAGAUGUCCCCCUAGACAUCUUCUCAAACCACCUUGUUGUGGAUGGUGCGCCUUUUGCAAUUCGUGGUGAUGGUGCCGGUGGUGCUGGAGAUGAUAUUUCUAUGGCGGGGACGGAAGUUGAAGAUACGAGAGCUGGAGAGUUGAGGGUGCCAGGUUCAUUCCAAAGAGGCGGCAGUGAUAAAGGAAGGGCAAGCACUGCGUGA